UAACCUCGUCUACUUUAUUCCCAAGCUAUCUUUCGUACUUUUCCAACUUUGCUUAUCUUGACAUCUCCCUUCCCCUCGUCGAAAUCUUGAGUGUUGUGGUUUUUGAUUCGGUGAACUCCCCAUCACACUACCAAUCUUUCCCACGACCCGACUGCUCACCUCGAAUCUCGAACCUCAUCGACGUCGAGGCACGCGACAACACUCAACAACACCACUACUGAUAAGAGCACAAGAGAAGGACGAUUCUCCCAUCACCGCCAACCGCCCUCUACUCGACCGCGCCAACAUGUCUGCCGCCGCAAUGGACCACUCGUCCAAGAGGCCACCCCUCAACCUGGAGCACCACUUCUCUUCGGUCACCCAGCGCCGCACGCCCAGUAAGAUGAAGGAGUAUUACAAGUACUUUGAGAUUCCGGGCAUUGGAAACCUGGCCGGAGGCCUUCCGCAUUCGAGCCUGUUCCCGUUCGAUACCCUUGAAGCGCAGGCGGCGAAGCCCGAGCGCUGGGAGCCGUCCCCUAUCCCCGACGGCGGCACCACCACCGCCGUCGCCGCCGGCAAGGACAAGGAAAAGGACGUCAAGGCGGCGCGGCACGUCACCGUCCCCGGGACCGACGCGGACCCCGACCCGCUCCGGCGCAUCGAUGUCGCGACGGCGCUGCAGUAUGGCACCGCCGAGGGGUACCCGCCGCUGCGGUCCUUCGUCCGGCAGUUCGCGCGCGAGCACCUGCACCCGAACGUGCCGUAUCUCGGUGGGCCCGAGGUCAUCCUCAGCUGCGGCUCCACCGACGGCUUCUCCAAGACCCUGGAGCUGCUGACCGACACAUGGGACCCGGCCCGGCAAACGGCUGCCGAGAGGCCCGGCAUGCUGUGCGAGGUCUUUGUCUACAGCCAGGUCCUGACCCAGGCGCUGCCGAGAGGCGUGCAGGUCGUCCCCGUCGAGAUGGACGAGGGCGGCAUGAGCGUCGCCGGGCUGGAGGAGGUGCUGGCGGGGUGGGAUGAGAGAGACGGCAAAAGACCGUCCUUUUUAUACACUGUGACCAUGGGUCACAACCCGACCAGUGGCGUCCUCUCGGUCGAGCGCCGCAAGGAGAUUUACGCCGUCGCCAGCAAGUACGACAUCAUCAUCGUCGAGGACGACCCGUACUGGUACCUGCAGUACCCCUCGGCCGUUGUGGCCGAGGCCAAGUCCCGGGGACUUGAGACCCCUCCCUCCCCUCCGGCUUCCAAGCCCGCCAAGUCGUCGGGCUAUCCGUUCCUCGACUCGUUGACCCCGUCGUUCCUCAGCGUCGACACCGAGGGCAGGGUCAUCCGUCUGGACACUUUCUCCAAGACGAUUGCUCCCGGAUGCCGACUGGGUUGGAUCACGGCGCAGCCCGCCAUCAUCGAGCGUCUCCUGAGAGUUACUGAGGUCACCACACAGCAGCCUUCGGGCUUCGUUCAGUCCACCGUCGCCGAGCUGAUCAUGGGCGAGCAGCCCGCCGCGGCGCGGUCGGCCUUCGCCGCCCUCACCUCGCGUCAGAAGCAGACGUUUGAGGGCUGGCGCAUGGACGGCUGGGUGCGCUGGCUCGAAGGGCUCCGCGGCGUCUACGAGCGCCGAAUGAACCGCAUGUGCACGAUCCUCGACGAGGGAUCCAUCCAGCUGAAGCAGUCGACGCCGCGCAGCGCCGACGACGCCGACUGGGGCGUCGUUAGCAAGACGCAGCUCUACGAGUUCGACUGGCCGCGCGGCGGCAUGUUCAUCUGGCUCAAGCUCCGCCUUGAGACGCACCCGCUGUGGAUGGCGACGGGCGGCAAGAGGGUGCCGUUGCUCGACGGCGAGAGCCUGUCGACGGCGCUCAUGUUCCUCGCCACCAAGGAGCCGUACCGCGUGCUCGUCAGCCCGGGCCUGAUCUUCAGCGCCACCCCGGCCAUCCGCGCCGAGAGGGGGUGGGCGUAUUUCCGUCUGUGCUUCGCCGCCGAGACGGAGGAGAACGUGGACCUCUGCUCGCAGAAGCUGGCCGAUGCGAUUCAGAGGUUCUGGAGGAUCAAGAAGGUCGAGGAGGUCGAGGAUCUGCUCGGGGACUUCCAGCCGCCCCGAGACGUGGACGGGUUCGGUAACCUGGGUACCUUUAUGGGAUGCUGAGAGAUGCGAUGUUCGGACAAUUAAGCAAAGAGAUAUGUUGAGAGACGCAACGAAUUUGAUGAAACGCGGAUUUUACACAUAGCACAUAUGCCACACCCAGCCAGGCCAGGGAGAGAGGGAGAGACAUACGUAGGCAGAGCACAUGGUACACACACAAACAAACUUGCACACGGCCACAUUUGCAGCAGACACCAUGGGAGAAGAAUGUAGAAGAACUUUUUUGUAGCUACCUUUCCGGUCACUACGUAAACUUU